AUGACAAUUUCAUCUAAUGAGAAUUCAGCCAGUCUAAGAGCCCAGAUUCAACAAUGUCUUGUUGAAUCAGGUAACUAUGAGGCUAUAUCAAAUGAACUCACUGAGAGGUUACUCAAAGACGGAUGGCUUGACGAGGUUAAGAAAUUAGCCAGAGAAGAAAUCUCUCAAGAGGACUCGCCAAACUUCAGUAAGGCACUAUCCCAGAUCGAGCCACAGGCUUUAGAUUUAGUACAGCAAUCUACAAAAGAUGCCAUUAUGAGGAAAAUAACUGCAUUCCUAGAAGAGAUAGUUGAAACUGAAUAA